AGAGAGUGAGACACCUUUGAUGCCUACCUUGCGUGUCUUCGAGAUCGAGAGAUCGAGGCGAGGGUUCUGGUUCUCUGGGAUUAAGAUAGGACGACAGGAGAGAGGAGGUGGAAUGGACUUAGGACGAAGAAUUUGAGCAAUGGCGAGGAAUGGUAGACUAAUAUGGUUGGAGCAUGAUUCAAUACACCACCCGUAGGGUGACCGCGUGUAGUGCCGCAAGUGAUGUGUUAGUUGAUUAACAUUUGCACCCAGAAUUAUGGCUUCAGGUGAAAAGGAGGCAUUUCCAGUGGCUGGAGUAAUCCAGUCAUCAUCACGAAUAAUAAUUUCACAACAAUCACCAUCACCUAGUCCUGGAGCAUCAAAACCUCAAAGUUACAAAGUGUUUGUUUUGCCACCAUCCCAAUUGAACAGUCUUGGUCUGGUAGCAAAAAAUGAAAAUGGAAGAGUGAUUUUGACAGAGAGAGCUAUUGAAAGUACUGUCUCUCAUAAUGCUGCACCUAACUCAAAUGCAGCAAUGUCCUUGGCAUUCAUAAAAACACCUGAAGGAAUUCAAAUUCAAAGUGGUCAGUCUAGUAGCUCAGUGAAGACAACACCCAAAAGAGGCUAUGUGGCUAGUGCAGAAGUCGUGAAAGGAGCAGCCAGAGAGCUCCAGGUGCACAGACCGGUAACAAAGAUUUCUACACCUGGGACUAACGCAUUGGGUGCUAGUUCAUCUCGACCAAUGUUUGCAGAAUCAAAUUGUGAUGCCAAUCCCUUCCUAAUAGGAGUCAUAGUUGGGCCAAGAAUUAAUUCUGAGGAGUUAGGAAAAUUUGAAAGAACAAAGAAGUGGAAUGUAGAAAAACUAAAUGAAUGGGAAGUACGAUUGCCAUAUGAAAAUGCAAUCAAGAAUGUCCUCAAAGAGAAUGAAGUCAGAGCAGAAAUAGAACUAGAAUGGGAUAAUAUUAAAAACGUGAUACUAAAAGAAGCCAGUGAAAAGACAGGAGUCAAAUAUCUGGAACCUUUUGCUUCCAAAUAUAUUUGUACGCCUUGUAAUGGACGGUUGAAGUCAGAAGAAGACCUCAAAUCACAUUAUAUUGAGACACAUUCAAGAGAAGGUAGAAUUGCAAGAAAGCCACCACCCAAGAAGGUUGUUGAAUUACCAAAACCAGAGGAAAAGGCUCAAGUGUGGAUAAGAAAACGAGCUUAUUCCAAAGUGCAUAAAAUUUCGUGGAAUAUUGCUCUAGAAGAAAAAGGUUAUGUUAAUUGUUUUUUUAAGAAUUGCUGUUUUAUGGCUUUAGAUUUGAAUCAGAUGAUAAAACAUUAUGGCAUUUGUAAUGGGACCACUGCUGCAACAUCUGUGGAAUGCCCAUAUUGUGAAGCAUGUGCCGAGUGCAUGGAAAAACUUGAAGCUCAUGUUAAAAAGGCUCAUUCAGCAAAUCCAAAUAUUUCUCAAGUUGUGAAUCCUGAAGUUAAUAUUGCUGUUUCUGUUUCUGACUCAUUGCCUGUACCUGUGCCACAAACCAAUAUUGCUAGUGCAGUUUCUAGUGGUAUUAAUAUUGGAAGUUCUUUUGUUCAUCAAGAGGAGGAGACUGUGAUCCUAUCAAAGAAACAGUCAAGACUUACUUCAAUUAAAAUCUCUGCACCAACAGAUAAAACGGUGCAUUCAGUUGUCUCCAUGACAGAGAAAUUACCUAAAAGUUUAGAUCAGUCACAUUCAAGGUUAUCGAGUGAUACAAUUAGUAAAACAUCAGGUAGUUUAUCUUCAUCAGCAGAUACUGAAGUUCAUUGUUUGUUUAGUAUGUAUGAAGAUUUUGAUGAACAGAGAAGUGUGGAAAGAGAGAUAUUGGACUCUCAUUUAGGUAGUGUAGGUUUGAGUAUUAAAAAAGAAUGUGAAAAUACAAGUACAGUUUUGUGUAAAACGUACAGUAAAGAUAAUCAGAGACUUGUUAGAGAUGAGACGUACAAUGAAAGAAUAUCCAGUCCUCUUAGUGCUUUGCCGUGUUCAUUUUCAGACAACAUUUCUCUUUGUACUGACCUUAGCGACAUUCAGAUUAUGCGAUCAUCCAUGUCUGAAGGAGCAAACAAUGUAAUGCUGGUUGAAACCAAACCAGAGGCGUGUGCUGUUGAAAAAUUACAUGAAUAUAUGAGUCAUUGUGAUAGUAAUAUUUUGAAUGAAGAAAAUGUUUCAUAUUGUGGAACGUCCCUGAAUUCUAAAGAGCAGAAAGAAGUAUCUCCCAAAUCAUCUGCUUCUCAGAUUAGUAAUCCUGUUAGUCAAGAAAGUAAUGCUCCUCACUAUGAACUAUUCAAAGACGAUGAACCAGAAUAUCCUCAAGAAUAUUCCCUUAAUUCAUCAAUAAAUAAAACCGUGAAAAGUAAUGAUAUCAAUUUGAGUCAGAAUGAUCUAGAAGAGGAUAAACAGGUUACAGUUGAAGAGUGUUUGUUUGCAGAAUCCUAUGCUAGUAAUUCAUUAGUAUCAUAUACUGAGGAUGUUGAAGAAUAUAUUAUUCCUGAAAUAGUAGAAAUGACUCAGUAUUUAGUUGAGUCCCCUGUAGAAGUGUGCAGUAAAGCAGUAAAUAAGCGCAAUCAGGCGCCUAAUGAAAAACAAAAAAUUGCUUCUUCCCAAGUGCCUACAAACAAAAUAGAAAAUCUUGUACCUGCAAAAUCAAAUGUUUCUAAUGUCUGUAAGAAUAUAGAAAACACUAAUAACAAUACUGCUAAAGCAAAUAUUGACAGACCAAGAAGUAUUCAUCCUGUUGAUAGUGUAAAAUGUACUGAACCUCAAGCAUAUAAUACAUUACAAAAGAAAGUACAUAGUGAUAUUCAGGUGAUUUCUCAGGAUAAUUCAAGUGCUGUGGAAACUUCUUUUACCAAUAUUCAACCAUCACAUCCUUUAUAUGCUGACCCUGAUGAUUUGCAAAAUUUAGAUGUUCCAAUACUUGCAUCAGUUAGUGUUUCAAAGGAUAAUUCAGUCCCUAACAGUCAGUUUAUUGAUGUACAUCAUACUGAAUCAGAUUUAAGUGAAGUGAGUCAAGAAUUGUAUCUAAAGAAAAGUGUGAGUGGAAGUUUGAUCAUAUCUGAUACUGACAAGUUAACAAAUUCUGUUAAAAGUGAGAAUAUUGAAGUACUGGAAAAGAAAAAUCUAACAGAGGCAGAAUCAGCAGACACAGCAAACGGACAAUUUGUACCUGAUGAUUUGUGUAAUGCAAGACUGAUUUGUGAAGUAAACAUUAAAAGUGAAAACAAUGUUAAUUUGGAUGUUGCUUUAAAUGACAAUGUGUUGGAGAAUGUUACAGAAGAUUCUAGUGCUAGGAAUCCAUUGAGUGAGAUUUCUUCAAUAGACAUUUCUGAGGAAGGAAUUAAUAAUUCUUUAGAACAACUCAGUUUAAAACACAAGAAAAACUUACCGGAAAUUGCUAUCAAUUUGCCAGAAUCAGCAAUGAGUGACCCGGAUUCGAGAGAUGUUAAAGAAAAAGAAAAUGCUUUGAAAGUGGAACACAGUUCACUCAAAACUUUGCCCCAAGUUCAUUCAAUUGUUCAGGUGGUUUGCAGUAGUGGUGUGCAAGGUGAAACCAAAAUAUCAGAAGUACUUGUUCAUGAACUACAGGAACCUGUACAAGAAACGACCAUCCAGACUGCCUCACAUACUAAUGCCAGUAACAUUUUACAAUUGCCUCUGAAUAAUUCAGUGCUCAAAGAUGAGCAAGAUGAGUCAAUUUAUACAGAUGUGGAAUGUAGAAUUGAUGAAUUUCAAAACGAAUCAAAACAGACCUUAAGGUCGUACGAUUCCAUUCUUCCAAGUCAUAAUUUGAACCAAGAUACUCAAACAUCUUCAGAAAAUAUUAGUGUAGAUAAUGUUUUGGAUAAGACAUUACGACCAGCAACUAAAGUGCCUAAGAUUAGUCAUUCUACGAAGGAAGGGAUUUGCGUUGUUGCUAAUGCCAACUUAAAAGAAAACGCUUCUCAGAUAAAUGAACAGUCAUUGAAAUCAGUGAGUUCUGAAGCAGCUGGUGAAUUUUCACAUUUUUGUGAAAUGAAAAAUACAGAUUGUAACAGUGUAUCGUUGGGGGUAAGUGUUCUUGGAGAUAUUCAGCUUCAUUUGGACACUAAUGAAAAAGAAAUAGUCAGGAUAAAUACUUCUCACUGUGAAGGAUUGUCGUACGAAAAUGAAUCCAAGUCUACAAAACUAACUGAUUUAGAUUCAGAUGUAAGUUCUAUUUCUGUUUUAAAAGAAGAAAUUGAAUUAAAAAUAGAAGAAAAUAAAUCCUCCAAUGUUGAAUUAUCAGAUGCGAAACAUUCUGUGCCAGUAGUGGUAAGUGUUGAAGAAUUUGAAUCUAACAUGAAAGCAAAUGAAGCCAAGUUAUCUUCAGUAUCAUUUACUGACAUUGAGGUUGAAAGAAAAGAUGAUCAUUUACAUUUAGACAAUAUAUUCUCAGAAACUUGUGUUUCCAAAGACAUUCCUGUUAGUUCUCAAGGAGGGCUAAUGAGUACAAUCUCAGAGACAAAUGCAGUGGUCUCUGCAAACAGUGAUGUUGAAACAGCAAUUAAAACCUUGCCAGAUAAUAAAAUAUGUCACUCACUUGGUAAUUUGCCAAAAGAAAUUGAGGGUGCCUCUGCUGAAGACAAUAUGUUAGAAUCAUCAAGCAUGGCAGUGAAUGAUUUGAUUGUGUGCACUGAACAGAAAUACGAUAAUGUCAAAGAAUCAAUUUCUCAAGGCAAGGACGUAACUUUAGAGAUUGAGAAAGAGGACAUGAACAUCAACAACUCUAAGAUCAGUGGUGUGUUUCCAAGUUCUCAAUGUCUAAAGUCAGAAGAUUCCUCCAAUAUUGUUUCUGCAUCUAUAAAAGAAGUAAAUGUUGAAAAAUUGACAAACAUCGAGAAUGAUGAAAGAAGUGAUGUGAUAAGUCAGAUCUUAGAACAAUCUGAUACAUUGGUAGACGAAAAUCAGGAAAUAGAUUCCAAUAAUUUGAAAAUGUUAGACGGUGAAUUAAUUACUACUGUUGCAGAAAAUGUUCAGGAAGUUAAUCAAUUGUGUCCACCUUCGGAGGCAUCAGAUUCAUAUAACAAGGUGAAUGUUUUUCCAAUUACAGUUCCAUUGAUUUCUGUAACUCUAGAAGCUGACAAUCAAUUGGAUGAAAAAGUUAAUGUGGUUGAAUGUUCUUCUUCAAUGGAGUAUGUAUCAAAAACCACUGAAGGAACUUCCUGUAAUGAAAAAUUUCCUCAGAAUGAAUUACCAUCAAAAGGAAUGCUUGCUUCUAAGGAGGACAUCAGAGAAAAUGAAACACAGCUGGUGAGUGAAGUAAUACCUCAGACCCAAAAUGUUCUGCAGAUAUCUGACUGUGUGACUCCUUUUGUUGAAGAGCUUGGGCCCAUAUCAAAUAAAACAAACACUGACUUUCCUUCUACAGAGGAAAUGAAUGAAAAAAGGGUGAAGAAAGAGUCAGAAAAUGAAAACAAUUCAAUAAAUGAUUAUAAUGCAUUGCAUGUACAUUUAAGUACUGUGUCAGAGACAAAUGUUGAUGAGAGUAAUGUUGAAAUUAUGGUCGAACCCUUGCCAGAGGGUAAAGAGUGUGAUCUCCUUAGAAGUUUGCCUAGAAAAAUUGGUAAUACUUAUAAUGUUAAGCCCUCUCAUGAAGACAACCAAUUGGAUUCAGCAGAAAUUAAUGAUAAUACAUUGGAAUCAUCUGCAGCAAAUGAUUGGAUUGCAUGUCUUGAACAGAAGAGUGACGGUGUUGAAGAAUCAUUUCUGGAACACAAGAGUGAUACAUUCAAAGUUAAAAAUGAUGUCAUGAGCACUAGCAACACUGAGGUCAUAAAACUAUUACCGGAUUCUCAAUCUCCCCUAUUAAAAGAUCCCUCGCAGAUUGUUUCUUCUAUAAAAGAAAUAAAUGUUGAUGAAAAAGCAAACAUCAAGAAUGAUGAAAGAAGUGUUGGGAGAAGUCAAGUUCUUGAGCAUUCUGAUAUACUGAAAAACAAAAGUCAGGAAGCUGCUACCAGUAAUCUGAAAAUGUUAGAUGAUGAUUUAAUUGUAUUAGACAAUGCCCAAGAUAUUAAUCGAUUGUACCCUCCAUGUGAGGUAACUGAUUCAAUUGACAAGAUGAAACCAAAUACCUCUAAAUUGAUUUCUGGAAGCCUGGAAUAUGGCAGACAAUCUAUUGCAGAAAUUGAAUCAAAUGAAUGUACGUCAUUGAGUGAUGUAUCAAAAGCCACAGAAGAAAAGAAUUCUCAAAUUGAGAUUGUUUCUGAGGGAGGACCACUCAUACAAGGGAUAACUGAUAGUAAGAAAGAUACCAGAGAAAACGAAUCACAAUUGAUGUACAAAAUAUCUCCUGAAACCCAAAACACAUUGCAGAUAUCUGAAUAUGUUACUCGUUUAAUGGAAGACUUACCUGUAUCUAAUAGAGAAAUUCAUGAGUGUUCUUCUGAAGAGCAAAUGGAUGUCAAAAUUGUGAGAGAAGAAACAGAGGAUGAGAAAAUUUCAAUUAGUGUUGAUGAUGCAUCAUGUUCACAUUUGAAUACAGACUCAGAGUCAAAUAAAUUGAUUGCUGAAAAGAGUAAUGUUGCAAUAUCUGUAAAACCCUUGUGUGAUGAUAAAAAAAGUGAUUCACUUGGUAGUUUGUCUAAAGAAAUCAACAAUACCUUCAAUGUUAUGCCAUCUAAUGAAGACAAUCAGUUAGAAACAUCUAGAAUGGCAAUAAGCAAUUUAUCUCGAUGCUCUGAACAGAAGUAUGACAAAGAAUCAUCUCUAGAAAAGGACACGACUUUCAAGAUGGUAAACAAGGACGUGAGCACCAACUCGUCAAAAAUUAGUGGUGUGUUAUUAGAUUCACAUACUUCCAUCUCAGAAGAUCCUUCUAAGAUUGUUUCUGCAUCUCUAAAAGAAGUAAAUAUUGACAAAACGACCAAAAUUGAGAAUGUGGAAAGAAGUUUUGUGGUUAGUCAUGCAGAAGUGGAUUCUGUUACUCCACAUGGCAACAAUCAGGAAGCUGAUUCCAAUAAUAUGAAAAUAUUAGAUGGUGAUUUAAUUACUACUGUUGCAGAUGAUGUCCAGGAAGUUAAUAAAUUGUAUUCCCCCACUGAGUUACCUGAUUCAGUUAACAAGAUGGAUGUUCUUCCACCUAAAAUUCCAUUGAUUUCUGGCAGCUUUGAAUCUGACAAUCAGUCUAAUGAAGAUGUUGGUCUAGUUGAAUCUCUAUCAUUGAGUGAUAUAUCACAAGCCACGGAAGAAAAGAAUUGUCAGAUUGAGAAUGUUUCUGAGAGAGGACUAUUCCCAAAAGUGAUACCUGAUAGUAAAGAUAUCGGAGAAAAUGUAACAUCAUUGGUGCAUGAAGAAUCUUCUAAAACCCAGAAUGCUUUGGAGGCAUCUGAAUCUGUUACUCCUUUUGUGGAAGACACAAAACCAGAAACAAGUAGAGAAAUACAUGAAUUUUUUCCUGAAGAGCAAAUGGAUGUCAAAAUUGUUACAGAAGAAUCAAAGGAUGAGAAAAUUUCAGUUAUUGUUGAUGGUGCAUCAUGUUUGAAUAUGAAUAUCACAUCUGAGUCUAAUGAAUUGGUUACUGAAAAGAAUAAUAUUGUUAAGACUUUAAAACCUUUGUGUGAUGAUAAAGAAAGUGAUUUGCCUAAAGAAGUCAACAACACCUUAAAUGUUAUGUCAUCUGAUGAAAACAAUCAUUUAGAAUUAUCUAGAAUGGCAGUGAAUGAUUUAUCUCCAUGCUCUGAGCAGAAGUACGACAUUGCCAAAGAAUCACUUCUAGAAAUCAAGGACAUGAGCACCAACUCAUCAAAGAUUAGUGGUGUGUUAUCAGAUUCUCAAACUGCUAUCACAGAAGAUCCAUCUAGAAUUGUUUCCUCAUCUAUAAAAGAAAUAAAUAUUGACAGAAUGGCAAAUAUUAAGAAUGUUGAAAAAAGUGUUUCUGUAAGUCAAGUCAUAAUGGAUUAUGGUACUCCACAAGAAGACAAUCAGGAAGCGGAUUCUAAUCUGAAAACAUUAGAUGGUGAUUUAACAACUACUGUUGCAGAUGAUGUCCAGAAAAUUAAUGAAUUGUAUUAUUCCUCCUCUGAGUUUACCGAUUCAAUUAACAAGGUGGAUGUUCUUCCUACUACAGUUCCUUUGGUUUCUGGAAGUCUAGAAUUGGACAGUCAUUCUAAUGCACAAGUUGAUGCAGUUGAAUGUACUUCUUUAAGUAAUGAAACCAAAACCACAGAAGAAUUUUAUUCUUCAAUUGAGAACAUUCCUGAGAGUGGAUUAAUUUUAAAACAGAUGUCUGAUUCUAAGAAAGAUAUCAAAGAAAAUGAAACACAGUUGUGUGAAGAAUCCUCUGAGACCCAAACUGCAUUGCAGGUAUCUGAAUGUGUUACACCUUGUGUAGAAGACAUAGUAUCUGUAUCAAAUAAAAAAAUACAAGAGUUUGAAAAUACCAAAGUAGUAACAACUAGUACAGAUAUUACUGAAGAGCAAAUGGAAGUCAAAUUUGGGACAGAAAAAUUGGUGGAUGAGAAAAUUUUAAUUUCUGAUGAUGAGGUAUCACUUAUGACUAAUAUUGGAAAAGUGAAAUCUGAAACUCUCUUGUCUUGUGUUAGUGAGAAAACACAGGAAGAAGGAAAAGCAUCCACUUCAACAGACAUUUGCAGUGAGGUGAAAAUCAUUGAAAAUGAUGCAGGUUUCCAAGAUUUAACAGUUGACAGAGAGUCUUCAGAAGCAAAGUUAAUACAAGAAACAAAAAAUAUGGAAAAAGAGGUUUGUGUUGUCAAGGGAAUUACAGAUGCAGAAAGGACUGUUUCAAGUAUGAAAGACAAUUUCCUUUCUGCUCCUGAUGAAGAGUGCAUUCUUAUGUCAUGCCAAAAGCAAGAUAAUGUUAAUAUUGUAGUUCCUUCAUUAUUGCCUUUGAAAAAAACCAAUGAUACAAUGCUUUCACUUACAGAAUCUUCCAUUUCAGAGGAACCUUCAAUUGCUUCUGAGUGUUCUUUAACCGGGUCUCCAAAAAUCUUUCAAGAAUUAGGUGAAUCUUGUGGUUAUGAAAAACAUUUGAAACCAACAUCUGAAGCAUUACAGUCAAUCACAGAGGAGAAUAAAAGUUCUAUUUCUGAGGACAUACAAGAAGAAGCUAAGGAACCUUCUGUAUUGUCUUGUAAUGUUAGUAUUGUUGCUGACACAAAAAAUAUAACUGGAUUUGAUUUCAAUGCAAAAUCAAAUGUUUUAGAAUACAUAAAAGAUCAGGAAGAAGUUCUCAAUGCAAAAGCUGGACGUGACAAAGAAAUCCAAGAAAUUAUAGAAACAAAGAAUGAAAACAAACUAUCUGAUUCUUUGGUGCCUUUAACUGAAAAAAGUGAACAAACAAAAGAAACUACGUCGGGUACUGAAUUUUCAGGAACUUCCCUUUUGGAGACCAGAACCUUGUUAGGCAGAGAACCGAAUGUGUUAGGUGGUAUGAGUGAACAAUUCAUUAAUUCUCCUACAAGUAAUGAAGCUUCUCUAUUUUCUGAAACUACAAUUACAUUGUCUGAAAAUGUAAAACCAUUGUCAUUGGAAAAUUUGAGUAUUGCUCUUGCUGGUGAAAUGGAAGAUAGCCCAGAGCAUGUAUCAUCUCAUGAGAUGCUUGGUGUUGAUUCUUACAGUAAUAAAGCACGUAGUGAUAGUAAAAAACUGCUGAUUCCACGGGAUGCUUUUUCAAAAACCUUUGAAAACUAUGCUCUAGAUUCUCCAAAAGCUGUAUCUGAAAGUGAUGAGAAGAUUUACAGUACUCAAGAUUUACAGCAAAUUCUGGAAGGAAGUGAUGAUUCCAAACAUAAACUGGAAGAUGAAGAAACAUUUAGUUCUACGGUGCCUAGUGAGAAUGUGUUGUGUAGUAAUGAAAGUAAAGAUAUGCUUAAAAGGGAAGAAAAUGAUCCUUCACCUUUACAUAAUAUGAAUGAAAUUGUUUCAAGCUCUGAUAGUGUGAAAGUGAUAGAGAAGACUUUUGAAACUGAAUUGACGGAAAUAAAUUUAUCUCGUGAUAAAGAUUCAUCGUGGAGGAAGCGAAGACAUUCUACAGAUUUUUCUAUUAAAAUGGAAAUUGACGGAGAAUGUGCAAAUUACUGCUCUCCUGUCAAGAGAAAGAGGAGUUCCAGUUUCUGUUGUGAUCUUACCACAAAUUAUGAGAAAAACGGAAAACUCCACCUUCUCAAAAGUACUCUUAUUAAAGAAACCAUAAAAUCAAAUGAACAAUUAGAAAAGUUAGAGUCUAAUGCAAAUUUAUCUACAAGUUAUUCUGAUAUUACAGAAAGUUGUGGGCCCACAGACACACAAGAUUUUGGUGAAGUUACAAAUCAAAAUAAACUGAGUAAUGAGGAAGGCAUUGUCCAUACUAAAGGAACAUCUGUAACUAAUUCUAACUUGCACAAAGAUCCUGAGAGCAAAUGUAUGUUUCAUGCGUCUGAAGAUUCAGUGAGUAAUACAAAUAUUUAUGAGCAGAAUAGAAAAAUUAAUGAGGCAAUUCAUUUGCCCCUGGAGACUAACAAUGUUCAAGUAGAUGCAGUAACAGUUACAUGUUUGGAAGAAAAAAACAGGUGUACUCCUGAGAACAAAACAGAUCUAGUGUGUACAGAGCCACCUCGAUUAAGGAGAAAGAGGUCAAUUGAAACAAGAGAAGAAGAAGCUGAAGUAAAAAGGAAAAGUCGUCGACAAAGCCUUAGGAAUAAAACAAUCGUAAGUGAGGAUAGUAAUAGUAGUAAUUCCAGUGUUAAUAGUGCUAGUGACAUUGUAGGUGGCAGAAAAACCAGAAGAGGUAGAAAAAGUAGGAAGGUAGAUGAUAGUGUAAACACAAAUGUAAAUAGUGUGUCCAAUACACCUCAAAAAGAAAAUUCUGAAGUCACAACCUUAAAGCAAACUAAAACUGGAAAUCUAGGUGAAAGUGAAACACAACAAAUUUUACCGUAUGACUCUGAACAAAGUAUAAUGUCUGAAGAUUCUGUGUUCUCCAAAACAGAUUCACAGAAUGAGUUUGAUAGCAGUUUGGAGGUAGAUGAUUCAGCUAGUAGCACUGUUGGAAGCAUAAUAAGUGAUGACUCAAAAGAUUGGGCAGAAGAUUCUCAAAUAGGGAUUGAUCAAGAAUCUGAUAUGUCAGAAAUUGGAACGAAUUGCCAAGGACAAGGAAAAGGUGGAGGAAGAGGACAAAGUCGUCGACGAAAUUACAGACGCGGUAGCAAAAGACGAGUUCAUUGGCGUAGAAGAGGUGUCCAGAAGGUUGGAGGAAGAGAAGAGGAAGAAGAAAGCCAAGGCAGUUCAUUACCAGUUGAUUCUGGCAAUUCUUGUGCACAGGAAGAACUGAUGGAAUCAAAUGAAAUUGAGCAGCGUAGGGAAGAUCCAAAUGAAGAGAUUCAGUGUGGCAAAUGCAAAGAGAAAAUGAAAAGGAAAUCUUAUGAUCGGCAUAAUGCUAGUAUACAUAAUGGUCUAAGUUGGUUAGAAGGUGAACCGCCAUUUGAUAUAAGUAAUGAAAAACUUGUUCUGAGUACUUUAUGGAAAGUUGUGAAGACUCGAAGAUUUUUGACAUGUGAAAAUUGUGGAGAGUCAAAAAAGAGUGCUGUGGGAUUUUGGAGUCACAUUGCUUUUUGCCAGAGAACUGCAGAAGAACGAGAAGCUCUGAAAGUUAUGUGUGAUAUCUGUGGUCGGUAUAUGAUACCAGCCAGUCUGAAAGUUCAUCUGCAAAUGCAUAGGGCUGAACCAAAACCUGACCCAUGUAUAAAAGUUGAAACUACUCGAACACAAAGAGCUGCAGCAGCUAAGGCUACAUCCUUGUUGCAAGAAGUUAUGAAAGAAGAAACUCAAGGAGAAGAUAAGAAAGUCGUAAGAGGAUCUGAAGAAAUGGUGGAUUUGUAUCAACGACUUGGUCCAGUGAAACCUAGUAAUUCAACGUUAGCCAAAUGGAAACGUUUAGUGGCUGCCGAACAGCAACUUGAAUGUCACUUUCCGGGUUGCACUUUUAAGAGUGCUGAUUUGGAAGUUAUGAUUCAGCAUUUUGGAAAAUGUGAAAAAUGCCCUAGAAGAGUAUAUUCUUGUGAUCUGUGCGACUUUCAGUGUAAAAAUGAAAAAGAAAUGCAACUUCAUUUGACAAAAGAGCACUUUGGAAAUCUUGAAGAGUCAGACCCAGAUGACCCUAAAUCUUUGAAGAAGAUGCAAUCUAAAUUAUCUAACUGGAAAGUCUGUAACAAAUUGUUGUUCCUGGGAAGAGAAAUGAGUGGAACUGCUAAUGGAGACAGACCAUUCCUCCCAGCUGUUAAGUGGACUUUGAAAUUUAUGCAAGAAAACUAUGCCAAAGAAGAUAUUUUUCCUGAUUAUCAUACUACUACUAAAGAUUGGAUUCCAGUGCCAGAGUCUGAGUACAGCCAAUAUUUACCUCAAACAACAGAAUCCAUAUCAUUUUCAACUUUAGCUAUGCGUGAAGAAGUUGUCAGCACAGAUUCAGUUACCUUUAAUUGGAGAAGGAUGAAAAUAUUUGAAUCAGAUAUUAUUGAUGGUGUUCCCACUCUUUUUACUGGAGGACCUAUUUGGGCCCUUGCUUGGGCUACAAAUCCUGUCACUGCAGUAGAGAAUGAAACAAGGGACCAAUUCCUGGCUAUCUCUUGUCAUCAGCAAAUGGGUGAUACGUAUAAAUCAAAUGAACGUUAUGUGGGCAAGGGUCUUAUACAAUUAUGGAAUUUUGGCCCAUUAGACAAUUUGCAAAGGUCAACUAGCAAUCCAAAGUUUGCUUUGGGUAUUGCCCAUGAAUAUGGCUCAGUGUGGGACCUUGAAUGGUGCCCAUCAGGAUGUUACGAGACCACUUCAACUAAUGAACAUCUUCAGCGACUGGGUCUCCUUGCAGCAGCGUGUUCUGAUGGCUGUGUGCAUAUUUUUUCAGUUUGCUUUCCAAAUUCUUUGGCCAAUGAUGCUAGGUAUCCUAUCUUCAGAUGUAAGCCUGUUAUGACACUGACAGCCAGUGAAAACUUGACUUGUGAGCUUGGUGGUCUGCCUUGGAGUUGUUUGAGAUUGUCUUGGUACAAAGGGAAAGAUCAUAGUGUUGUGGCUGGUGGCUUCAAUAAUGGAAUGGUUUCACUGUGGAAUAUAAGAACUGAAUCAUUAUUGUUAAGAAAACAAGAAGAUGGUACAAAUAUAUUGUUGCCGUAUAAAUCAUUUCAGGCCCAUUUAUCAUGUGUUACUGCCUUGAGUCUAUCUUCCCAGGAUGAGGGACGAUAUCUAAUGACAGGCUCCAAAGAUACAACAAUCAAAGUGUGGGAUAUGGAAGAUUCCAGUGGACCAAUUCCACCUGUUGUGCGAAAAGGAAUGGUGACGGAUGGUAUAUGGCUUACACAUUGGUUGUCAUCUAUUACAUCAUUUGAUGAUGUUUACAGUAUGGGUCAUUGUAAUACUACUUUGAAUCCUCCACGUGGAUAUGGUUUUAAACUAUUUCCUUUAUUACCACAAAAUUCAGUGACAUGGUCAUUGUCCACAACUGAUUGGGUUAAUGGUAUUGCACAGAGUACACAUGCAGGAGAAUUAACAGUGAUCUUUCCCCAUCAGUUGUUUUUAAAUGUGGACACGGAGAAAGGAAAUAAAGACAAGAGGCUGAUAUUGAGUUAUGUUGAACUGAAAGAUAUUGUGAAUGAAACUGAAAAACACAAAUGUGAAUCUUCAUGUUCUGUACCUUGUAAAAAACAACAGCUUGGUGAUUUACAAAAGGAGAUAGAAAGCAAUAAAUCCAAAAAUCCUUCAGAAUAUGAAAAAGUAAUGUUUCAACUAGAAGAGAAAGACGAAAGUGAGAAGGGUGGUCUAAGUUUUGUCAUUGAAAGAAAUCCUCGUAAAGGCAAAAAAUGUGUUAUAACACCAUUGUCAGAACAAAUAUGUGAUUCAACAUCAGUCUCAGAUUCUUCUUUUGCGAAUGACAAUGUAAAUGAAGGAAGUGAUUCACUUGAAAACAUAGAAUGUAUAUCUAUGUUGAAUCAACAUGAAAAACGGUUACUUUUCACCUUUAAAAAGGAUUUGGAGAGACUCAAUGUGACAUCAAGACUGAAAGUGACUUUUCCAUAUUAUAAUAAUGAAAAAAAGAAAAGUAAUAGCAAUGACACUGUGAAAGAAUUUUUGAUGAUUGUUGGAAGUGUGAAUGACGAUAUAAAAACUGAAAAUUGUUCACAAGAAAGUAGUGGAUCUGCAAAAGCCGUACAGGAUGAUGAUUCCAUGUUUACUAUUCCAUCUGAUGAUUAUGAAGCUGUUGAAAGCAAAUUUGGAAUGAUAUUCUGUGAUUUCCCUGCUAAUAAUUUGUCAACCAUUCCUGCUGCUUCUCGACUUUGGACCAGAAAGUCAGAAACUAUGAAGACAGCUCCUGUUGAAAUAUAUCCUGUUACUUCACUUAAUAAAGUCAAGUGGAAUCCAAAUUGCCGUAGUUUCUUGUGGCUAGCUGCAGGAUAUCAGUGCGGCUUGAUAAGAGUACCAUGUAUUUCUGGCAUGCACAACAAGGAGGUAGAACAACUUUUAAGGCAUACUACUUGGCAAAAGGUUUAAGAAAGGGUGCCAGUCUUCUAUAGGUUAAAAUGACUUGUUAGUCUUUUCAAUGUAAAUAUAUAAAGGUUAUUGUAAAAAUAGAAUGAAUGCGGGUGUGUUUGAAUUUUGUAGACAUUUGUAAAAGUCCAAUUCUAAGUACUCUUUGGAUAUAUCAUGAGAUUAUUUGCAUUGUCUUUUUAUGAACGUUUUGCAAAAUCAAGGACGAUCCUACCUCACAGAAAAUUGGUAGCAUCCUUUGUAUAUUUGUUUGUACAUACAUAUAUAUAUGACAUAUAGAACUGCAAUUUUAUUUAAAAUAAAGGGUUCUGCGAGUGUGAUAAGAUUUCAGGUUUCAUAUGUAUAUGAUCCAAAGAUUUGUACCUGUGAUCUUCAAAGACAGUUUUUUGUAGGUGCUUGUAGAAUAUAGCUUGGAAAUAAGCUUGAUUAAUAUUAAUGAGCUGUAAUUAAUCCAAUAAAAGACAAAUUCAAGAAUAUUUAAGAAAUAUUUAAUUGAACUGAAUUCUCUGCAUUUUGUGCUCUUAAAUUUGCUUCAAGCAUUGUCACAUUGAAAUAGUGGUGCGAGUCAGUAUUUGCAAACUUCUCAGGAUAAAAUCAAAAUAGUUUAAAUGCAGAUUGGAUGUUUCAUAGUUAAAAUGUACUCCAAGGUUUGUAAGGUAUGGGGAAAGAUGUGCUGUUUUAUGUAAAUAAGAUUAAUAAGAAUGGAGACUUUAUUUUAUACAACAAAAUACAAUUUUUCUUUAAGCAACA